AUCAAUACGGUGUCGUUUAGAAUGCUGUGACCUUAUCCAGAGUGCGAAACCUCACUACGUCCAUCCAUGGAUGUCAGUUAAUCGAUUUUUGCGCUUUUCGCGCAACGAGUAACGAUACAAUCAUGCCCAUAAACUUUCAAUUUAUGAGUAGUAACUGACAAAAGGUUCAAAUUUUCGAAAAGGGCAUGGCCAAGAUUUUGAUGAUGAGGGCCACCUGCAACACUAACCUUUAUCUCUCUUAUGCUGCACCUCUCUCUCCACAAAAAGCCAUGUCUAUGUGCCCUAGCUUUUAUCCAGUCCAGUUUGGGGCUAAGCCCAUUUCUUGUUCUCCCAUUAAACCCCAAUUCUGUGUUCAAGUUCAGGCCUUCUCCUCUCAACAAUCCAAAGAUGAGCUCCCUGCUCGCGUUGGUUUUUUGGGACUCGGGAUUAUGGGUUCUCCAAUGGCACAAAAUCUGAUAAAAGCAGGAUGCGAUGUAACUGUUUGGAACCGCACAAAAAGCAAAUGUGAUCCCCUUAUCUCGUUGGGUGCAAAAUACAAGCCCUCACCUGAGGAAGUAGCUGCCUCUUGUGACAUCACAUUUGCCAUGCUUGCUGAUCCCGAAAGUGCAGUUGAUGUAGCAUGUGGGAAGCAAGGGGCAGCAAGUGGUAUGAGUCCCGGGAAAGGUUAUGUAGAUGUCUCUACCGUUGAUGGCCCGACUUCCAGCUUGAUCAGUGCACGUAUACAAUCUACUGGAGCUCUGUUUUUGGAGGCUCCGGUGUCAGGCUCGAAAAAGCCAGCUGAAGAUGGGAAGCUGAUUUUUCUCACUGCUGGCGACAAAUCUCUCUAUGAAAGGGCUGCUCCGUAUUUAGACCUCAUGGGAAAGUCAAGAUUUUUCCUUGGUGAAGUUGGCAAUGGAGCUGCAAUGAAGCUCGUCGUCAACAUGAUUAUGGGAAGUAUGAUGGCAUCAUUCUCCGAAGGACUGCUCCUCAGUGAGAAAGUAGGUCUCGAUCCUAGCAUUCUUGUCGAGGUGAUCUCCCAGGGUGCCAUCAGUGCACCAAUGUACUCCAUGAAAGGUCCUUCAAUGGUGAAGUCGCUCUACCCGACUGCGUUUCCAUUGAAGCAUCAGCAGAAGGAUCUAAGACUCGCUCUAGGGUUGGCCGAGUCUGUUUCUCAGCCAACUCCGGUUGCAGCAGCUGCGAACGAGCUCUACAAAGUGGCCAAAUCUAAAGGGCUAAGUGAUGAUGAUUUCUCAGCUGUCAUUGAGGCUUUGAAAGCCAAGCUCCAACAGAAAUCUUAAUAUUCUUUCGGGUUCAGGAUCAACUUUGUUGCAACUUGUAACUAUAUCAGAUUGUGCUUGAAUAUUACUACGAUUUUGAAUUAUAUUCAUCUUUUAUAAUUCUAA